UUACGCGUCAGUCGCGUCUUUCCGGGAUCGCUCCAACCUUCCAAUCUCGACUUUCCACUUUACCUAACCACACCCACCAAUUCACCUCCAUUGAGCCCGAACGGCCUGCAGCAAUUGAUCUCACGAAGAGGACCUCUUGUCCUGGAGUCGACAGGCUCGCCUCUAUCGUUUUUUUUUUUUUAAAUCUACUCGGCCAUUGCUCAUUUCACUUUCUAUUUGUUCUUUCGUUGAAAGCGGCCCAAUCCUCGACUGUCCAUCCUUUCCGUCCCCGUCGCCGAAUCGAACGUCAACCUUAGAUCUCGACCAACACCACGGUCACCUCCGAGUACCGUCGCGACGACUGCGACCAUCCCGGCGUCCGAUGCCUCUGUUCGAGAUGUCGACAAACGUCCAGCGAGAGUCGGACAUGGGGGCCAACGUUCUGAAGAGAAGCCAUGAAGAGUUCUCGGGCGACGAGCUCAUGAUUGACGAACGUGGUCUCGCCGUCGGCGUCAAACAGCAGGCUACCGAAGCUGCCGUCCAGCCCGUCAAAGCCGCCCCCCAUUCUCCUCAGAUGCUUGACCGCGACUCACCACCACCCCAGAGCAGCCCAGGUUCCCUAACUGACGCCGCCACCAAUACCCCCCCUCGCGGCUCGCCAUCCCCCAAUCUUACCCCCACCAAGACCCCAUCCUCUCCGAAGCUGACCACCGAUGCCGGCUCUUCAUCAAACCCUCCUGCCCCGAAUCCCACGCCUUCCGCAAAUCAGUUGGCUAAACGGAAGCGCCGGACCGCUGCCGAAAAAGAGGCCGAGGAAAAGGAAAAGGCCCAGAAGAAGAAGGAGCGUGAAGAGAAGAAGGAGGCCAAGCAGGCCGAAAAGGCCAAGGCCGAUGCAGAGAAGCAGGCUAGGCUGGACGAGAAGCGUCGCAAGAAGGAGGAAGAAGAGCGAAAGGUCCAAGAGGAGAAGGAGAAGAAGGAGCGUGCUCAACCGAAGCUCAUGUCCUUCUUCAAGGCACCUUCUACUACACCCAAAAAGGAUGCAGCAGUCACCCCGAAUAUCAAGACGGAGAGCCCCGCCAAACCGGCCGCCACAUCUACUAGUUCGGCAGCACCCACGGUCAAGAAGGAGGAAAAGUCUGAGUACGAGAAGCGGUUCAAACCGUUUUACAUCCACAGCACCGUACGCUUGGCCAAGAACCCCUUCGAGAUGGACCAAGAGACGCACGAUGCCAAGACCAAAAUCUUGAGAGAGUACUUCGACGGCAAGCGAGUGCAGGCCUCAGUGGGCAAGUUCGAUCCCGUCGAGGUCUUCCAGUUCCCCAGCCGUCCAGCCCCACGAGGAAGAAUCCACCCGCCCAUUCGGUACACCAUAGAAAAGAUGCAUAAGCUGAAGCAAAAGAUCGAAGACUCGAGUGAGGAGGAUAAGAAGGCAAUCAUGAAGGAGGUCACUAACGCACUGAGACAAGUCCCCAUCAAGACCCUUCGCUUCUACCAGGACGUGCGUCCUCCUUACAGAGGCACCGUUACCCUUAAACCCUACCAAGCAGGCAAGACCAGCAUGCGACGACUCGCACGGAACCCGACUCUACGCGACCAGCUCCCCCUGAACUACGAACACGACUCGGAAGCCGAAUGGGAAAGUGAAGGUGAAGACGUUGACAUUGAAGACGAUGAGGAAGACGACCUCGACGACGGUGACGGCGACAUGGACGAAUUUCUCGACGACUCGGAGGACCACGGCCCCGCCCGGUUCGUCAGUGCCAAUGGCCUCGAACCUGAGAGUACAGGGCUCUGCUGGGAGGAUCAGAAACGCGCCGGUCCCAACCGCACCUUGUACGAACAUAGAAUGGAGUUCAUUCUGGAAUCUCUCGAUCAUCGGUCUGGAAUCGACCCUUUCUCAACCAAGUACUGGGAGCCUGAGCCGAAGCCGAAGUCGGUUGGCCGUCCUACCAAGGACAAGGCUGCCGGCGAGUCGUCGACGCCGUCUAAUGCCUUCAAGGCCAUCAGCGGCACCAAGGCUGGUGUACAGUCACUGCCGAAGAAGAUUAUGGAGAACAACAACCUCCAGGAGCUCAAGGAUGUCAUCAGGGCGAAUCCAAAGAUCGCCAAGGGUGGCCUGGUCGACCUCUCUUAUGUCGCGCUCGCCCAUGCCAAGAUCUCCCGUAAUGACAUCAAAGAGGCCAUUGCAGCUGUGGCCGAGAAGGUGGGGGGCAAGGGACAUUCUGCCUCUUGGACUAUCAAGCCAGGUUUCGAUGUUUGAGAGAUGUUGCGCAUGCACCAUGCGGGUGGUCUGGCGUAUGGAUGGCGUACAGUUCUGACUUUGACAAGGAUACCUCGGCGGGCAUGGCUUCUUUCACCCACUGAUUCAUUGUUUGCCGUUGUUGAAGUUCUUUGGGAGUGCAUGAGUUGCAUGUUUGGAACCUGGGUGUUCCCUAGGGGGAAACGAAUAUGGACAAAUGGCCAAGGACUGGGGGAACGGGGUCUUUUGGUGUCCUGGCACCUUUUACAAGCUGCCCAGGACCGCGAUGGGAGAGCUUGUUAUGCUGCAAGCUUCCUGUGCACCUGGCAGCCAUGAUAUGACGGCACAAGGGCGGCGUAUGAUGGACUCUACAUUUCAUUUCUUACUUGACACAUUGCAAGAAUGCAUAGUUGCUCCUCUGGCCCAGGGGUGGCAGCGGAGUUGACAGGCAUAGCAGAUAUACAAAGAUUCUCAGUGAUCUUGGGUGGUUCCGGCGGUGAUAUAGUUGAUCUUAUGGCU